GCUCUCCCCAUCUGGCCCCACUGGCUGUGAGUACGACGCUCAGAUGUUGGGGUCGGCGGCGUUGUAGAAAUACAGGUGCUGCUGCUGGGGAGGAAGGGGCAGUGUGGGUGUGCAUGCGUGCUUGCGUCACCCAGGUGAACCAUAUUGCGUCAUUUGUUUGGAAGGUGCAAGCGGGAGGGGGGGGGGGGGUAGGGAGGGGAGUACGUCAAGUCGACUUGAAGUUGUGAAUUGGUGGUGUUGUUUCCCGUAUUGUACACCCACGCGCACUCGUGUCCUUUCUCCAUUUGACGGCUGAUUAAAGAUACCCGGUCUAUCACCAGACGGGCUUCACGUGUGUGUGUAAGAAGCAAGACGAGUGAUAAGGUAUCUGGAGGUGUGGGUGAGUGUGUGUGCCGUUAGCGAGCAGCCUAAGACCUUAGGCCAUCCACGCAACCGAAUCAAGAACAGGAGGCAGCAGCAGAAGUAGGAGAUAGGAAGAUCUAGGAAGACGACGGUGUCACCACGGCCCGCCCACUACUACCACGGCUCCCUGCUGACGAAGGGAGUGGGUGCAGUUUACACCCCACGCCCACUUCACGCCCACGCCACCUACUCCCCAACAUUAAAGGAUGGUGUAGAAGGGAUGAAGGAGCGUAGCGGGUGUAGGAGGGCGGCGUGGGUGGCGCGCCGCCCUUGCCGCCCCUUCAGCGCCUUCCUGCUCUUCCUGGCGCUACUCCUGCUGGCCCGAGCCACGGCAGGAGUCACGUCAGAGCCCCAGCACGCCACCAGUCAGGUCACCUCCAGUCAGUCACCCCGCGUCAUCACCUCCACCUGCUUGGCCAAACUGACCCGUGAUCGAGAGAUCAAGCCCCAGAGACUGUACGUGAACGAGAAGGAGCAGCCGCUGACGAUGCUGACGUCGAGCCGGGUGCCCCAGCAGCUGAUGACGCGCAUGGUGGCCAUCUUCCUGCGGGAGUGGCUGGGAUACGUCAACCUCACCAUCACCACCGUCGCCGACACCUUCGACCCCGGCAGCGUCAUCAACGCCAUGAGGCCAGAGAAGAGGGAGGACGAAAACACCGAGCGGCAGAUUGUGGUGGACUGGGGCUCCUCACCGUUCAUCUUCGAGAUCUCCGCCAUCAAUGGGACAAUGGUGGUGUUUGCUAAUAAAAGCAGCAUAGAGGUAAAGAUUCCGAAGGCAAUGGUGAGUCUUGAAGUGUGGAUACCGCCAGGAUACAAUGUGGAGACUCUCACUACUGACUUUGAAACUUCCAGUUAUCUUGGAUCUGGUGGACGCUUUGGGUGGUUUCUACCCAAGAGUUUGCUUGAUCGGGAUUUUAUUUUAGAUCACUGGAGAUCUUACACUAACCCAACUUCAAAAGCCCUUCGACUGUUUUCUAGGACAUACGAAGAGCUGCAGUCAUUGUCCAGUGAGAUGAAAGACCCAGAAACAGGAGAAUUCUACUGCCCAGAUAGCCUUGGGUGUAAAAAGGGGAUGUACACACCAUCACGUUGCACACGUGAUCAGAUAUGUGCCGUCCUCUUUGCAUCUUAUGCUGAUUAUAAUGUGACUAAGCUCAUUAGUGGACAAAUUGAAUCUAUGAAGGCCUAUGUGAGAGUGGUGUGGAUUGGACCAAACCUUGAUCAUAAAUUUGUCCAGCGCAACAGCCACAUUCCUGGGCAUGAUGAGCGAUCAAUUCUCAUAUUCCACUGGAGGCCAUCUGUUCUUCUACAACCAUUUGAUUUUGUAUCAGUGUCUUUUCCACCAUGCAUCGAUAGAACAGUUAGGGCAGAUGGAGAUCCCCCUUAUCAGUGCAAGUAUGAAAUGCAUCGGUUUCAUAAAUUUAUUUGGAAGAAGCUAAAGAGAUAUGCAAAAUUUGCUUAUUAUGCUUUCCAUAAAGUACAGAUCAACCACACGGACUUCAUGGAUUUACUAAGCACAUACAAUUCAUGGGAGAAAACACCUUCAACUCUUGAUGAAGUUGCCUGCCAUUGGAUGCUGAACAAUAAGAAUCGCUGGGAAAUGUGGCAGCCCGGGAGCACAAAGCAUGAACUGAAGCUGGUUGGCCUUUUUCCGAUAAGUGCCACAGAGUCUGAAAAACAUAGGUUUACUGCUCCAGGCAGUGUUCCUGCAUUCUUCAUGGCAGUUGAGGCUGUGAAUAAUAAUAAAAGCAUCCUGAGUGACUUUUCUAUUCAUUCAAUUGUUUUAAAUGGAGCCUGCGAGCCUGCCAUGGUAAUGAGGCAAUUCAUUGAGAUUCUUCAGAGGUCUUCUACCUUAGGGUUCUACAAUGAUAUGAUUGGAUUUGUGGGUCCAGCAUGUUCUGAUACGGUGGAGCCAAUUGCUGGUGUUUCAAAGUACUUUAAUGUGCCAAUCAUCUCAUAUGGCGCUGAAGGAGCCAUAUUUUCAGAUAAAGAUCAUUAUCCAUACUUCUUCAGAACCAUUCCAGAAAACAGGAUUUUUCGACAUGUUUACACCAAGUAUUUUGCUCAUGAGCGAUGGAAGAGAAUAGCUUCACUUACUGAAAAUGGACAGAGGUAUUCUGAGUAUCUCACCCUGCUUCGUGACUUGUUGCAGGAUAGUGGCAUCGAACUGGAAACGCUGAAGUAUCCCCAGGAGAGGACUACACCUGAUAUGAGUCAGUACCUCAACGACCUGAAGAAUAAAAAUUAUUACAUCAUCAUUGGAGACUUCUACCAAGAUGUUGCUCGUGAGGUUAUAUGCGAUGCUUUCCACCUGAAAAUGACUGGUUAUGAGGGUUACCUAUGGUUCCUGCCACAUUGGUACUCAGCAGGCUGGUAUGACACAGACCAUAUUCCAACAUACAACAAGUGCACUACAGCAGAGAUGCACCGAGCUCUUCAAGGGCACAUGUCCCUCUCCUACAAGUACUUUGCUGAAGAUGACGACAUUAUGCAGGAAGGAAUAACAGUGAAGGAAUGGAGGAAACUAUACAGCGAGAGAAUCAAUAAAACCAUCAAAACGAAAGCAUCAGAAUCUGACUAUGCUGGGUUUACAUAUGAUGCUGUCUGGACCUAUGCACUGGCUUUGGAUAAACUCUUCAAAGAGGAUCAGUCUUAUUCUGCUGACCUUAGAGCACCAAAUACUACUCAAGCAUUCAUGAAGCAAAUAUCAUCAUUAUCUUUCAAUGGAGUGUCUGGGAACAUCAACUUUUUGUCUGGCUCCUCCAGAGUAACAGAUAUAAUUGUGUGGCAGUUUCAAGAGAAUCAGUAUGUAGAAGUUGGACGAUUUCAUCCUGGUCCUUUGGCAUCUGAUGAGGGAGAGUUGGUUGUAAAUGAAGAAUUUUUCAAAUGGCCAACUGGAAGAGCACCAGUUGACGGCAGCAGAUGUGCAAUACAAGGUUUCAGCGAGUUUGUGCACCUGGAAUGUGCAUACGCCUUAAUUGUCCUGUGCACGCUGUGCUUUGGGGGGCUCAUCCUCUUGCUCAUCAUCUGCUUUUGCAUCUUUAAGAGAAGGUAUGAAAAAAAAUUGGAACAGAUUCAGGAAUUCUGGCGGCGCCGACCUUUGUUUGAAAUAUUUGAUGGAUGGGAGAUUCCAAGAGACAAAGUUGUCAUCAAUCGCAAGCUCGGUGAAGGGGCCUUUGGGACAGUAUAUGGAGGAGAAUGCUUGUUUGAUGCUCAGGGAUGGGUGGCAGUAGCAGUGAAGACACUAAAGGUUGGCUCUACUAUAUCUGAGAAGCUGGAUUUCCUCUCUGAAGCCGAGAUGAUGAAAAACUUUGACCAUGAAAACAUUGUGCGUCUCUUGGGAGUGUGCACCAAAACUGAGCCAAUCUAUACUGUAAUGGAAUUUAUGUUAUAUGGGGAUCUCAAAACAUACCUACUUGCAAGAAGAAAUUUGGUUAAUGAAAAAAACCGCAAUGACGAUGAUGAGGUGAGCAAUAAGAGGCUGACUUCCAUGGCUUUGGAUAUCGCGCAUGGCCUUGCUUAUUUAGCAGAGCUAAAAUAUGUUCACAGGGAUGUUGCGUGUCGAAACUGCCUGGUCAAUGCAAACCGCACAGUUAAGCUUGCAGACUUUGGCAUGACAAGGCCUAUGUACGAAAACAAUUAUUAUAAGUUUAACCGUAAAGGUAUGUUACCUGUACGAUGGAUGGCGCCAGAGUCUCUAACGGAUGGUGUCUUUACUACAAUGAGUGACAUAUGGUCAUAUGGAGUUUUGCUCUAUGAAAUUGUCACAUUUGGAGCAUUUCCAUUCCAGGGAAUGACUAAUGAUCAGGUGCUUGAGCACGUGAAGGCCGGUCACACUAUUGCCAUACCACCAGGAGUCAAACCUCAACUAGAUGUGUUGUUGAAGACUUGCUGGCAUCGCAAUCCACUAAGAAGGCCACAGGUGUUGCAAAUAAUUGAACACCUAAUUAAUUAUCCACGGUUGAUUUCGCCGUGCUUAGAUGGACCCCAGUCUUCAGUGCAGAUUGAGGAUACGUUAUCACUUGAAAUGAGAAUUCCAGACAAGACCAGAAAAUUAUCCUUAUCAAUCAACAAUCGGCUGCAGAAUGUGGCAUCUUCAAGUAGAAAGCGGUCAAUGAGUGGUAAUAUGGUGAUGAAUAUUCCACCCCUCACGACAAGUUUGAGUGAAGAUGGCAUGAUCUCUGCACAUUCCAACUUGGACGCUCUAAACUUAAAUCAUGUGAUGCUUGAGGAAAGUGAAGUGGGAGAGGACCCUUUACUGCCCCCUGCUCAGUAUGUCUCUUCAAGGUAUAUGUCUUUAGUACAUAAAGACAAUAAAGAAAAAGAGAAAGAAAGUUUAGUAAGUAGACAGCAGGGAGAUUACUGUACCACAGAUAUAUCUCGUGAUUUAUGGACUAGUGUCACGCCUGUAUAGGGAAAGGCCCACUUAGGCCAAUCUAAGUGACCAAAGUAGUGUUCUAGUGGUUUAGAUGGCAGAUUAUUGCUGUACACUGAAGUUUCCUAAUGGAGGCGCUCAAGACCAGAUCUUAGCAGCGAAGCAUGUGUCAUGUACAGUACUCAAAUGCUAAUCUUUUUCUGGUCAUUCUAUUUUAUAUUAUUUAAGUGUUAUUUAUUAGAUUUUGUUACUCAGAAUGGUGUAAAUAUUCUUAAAUAGCACAGAAGAAAUGCUUGCUGAUAAUAGUUUGCAUUCUAUGCUGUGGAUAUCAACACUGCAGAUGGCAUCUAUCAGUAUUAUCUCAUUAUGCAAGGGGAUUCAUAUGCAAGCUCUGAUGCAAUAUGAAUCAUUGUUUUAAGACAGCUAUCAUGUGCCAAUGCUGAAGAUAAAACCUCGCGGGUGAAUGGCAGUUGUUGCUGUGAAGUGAAGCAAUUCUGCAGUUCUGGGCCCACAAUAUUCCUCCAAUCCCUUUUUUUCACUCCAUGGUUACUGCUGAUUAUAGAUGUCUUGAUGUAAUUUUAUUGAUCUAAAGCUCUUGGAUUUUUGAGCACUAUUUUGCAAACUUUUAAUAAAGAUAUAUAUUUAGUAUAUUACUAAAUACAAUGCCAAAGUUUUAUGUUUAGUAUAUAGAUUUUUUCCAUCAUUUUCUGUCUGUUUUUUGAGGUAUUUAUGUAUAUUGAGGCAGUAACAUUGUUUACAAUAGUCCUGGUGUGCCGUGAGCAUGAAGCAUACUUCUGGCAAGAUGCGUCACGUUCAUUGCCUUUGACUAAGUUGCUGUCUAUCAACUUUACUCCCUCUUCAUACUUGUGAGGAAGAGCAGUUAAGUCUUAAUAGUAUUAAUGAGUUGACUUAAAUUUAACUUUAACAGUGCAUGUCCAGCACAUUAACUUUAUUCUCAAAUACAUUCAAUCUAGUAUGUAUACAAAUAUGCAUAGAAAACAUCAAGAUGAGAUUAGAUUAGAUUUGUAGACAGUGUUUUGUCUGUAAGAUUUGAUCAAGUCCUUACAGAUAAAGUGUUAAACACUAAUAGUCUUCUCACAUCCUGGUAUUUGUCUACAUUGUUGGCAGCACUUUUUGCUCUCUUCAUUCAUCCUAAUAUGCAACUCUCACAGCCUGAAUGGGGUAAGGUCUAUGUAAUCAAGUUUACUUCUGUUAAAAGGAGAAAGUGAUGUGAUAAAUGGCAAGGUUUGUCUUCUUCCUUAACACUUAUAAUUUCCUGCCUUAUCUUUGGAGUGAAUCGACUUUUUCCUUCUUUUUUUCUAUUUAAUUUAUCUAAUUUUCCAAAUUACCUCAAAAUAUACUCCAUGCCAAGACAGAAAAUAUUUUCUUGGUUCACCAAUAAAUAAUCAGAUUCUUGCUUCCGAGACUCAUUUUAUGUGACAUGUUCAUGCCAAAUGAUGCUUACAGCAAGAACUCAUUAUGCAUUCAUUGUCAUAUUAAUUGACUGAGAAGUGACAGUGAUUUAAUACAAGUGCUUUGCAACAAAUGUUAAAUUAGAUGGUAGCAUAAAAUAAUAAAAGGUUCCAUUAGGUAAAAUUUGCUCUAGGAAAUUGCUCUUGAUGUAAACACAACAGACAUUGAGGUUGUGGUAUUAGGUGCAUAGUGGUGCCCUAAGUCUGUGCUGCUGGACUGAUACGGGUCACAUGGUUGAAGGUUGCAAACAAGAGCUUCUCUCGGCAUUGCUGCUCCCUUGUGGUCAUUAUUUGCCAUAGUGAUAAAUGUGGUUUAAGGGUCACUAUGCUAGGUAUGUGCUAAGCACACCCAUCUAUCUACAUAUGUACAGUGCUAUAGCUUUUAGGACAUAAUCAUGCAUAACACAGUGUACAUGCUUUCAUCACCAAAUUCUUGUUUUCCAUAGCAGUCAUGAAAAGGGUUGUGUACAUCUUCUGAUUUGUGUAAUUAAUUCGUAGUCUUUGCUUGUAGUCAGCAAUGUUUAUUUUAUCAUUGCUUCUUUUUGUGCCAACAGUUACAACUUAAUGGUUAUGCCAGGAAGUGGGUUGUUGUAACUCAUUUCAGAAAAUAUAAAAUUUAUCUGGUAGUAUCAGCAAAAUCUAUAAAUUUAUUUUGUUUUUCUGUACUGUACCAGUAUUUAGAAUUUGUAUAAAAAUGUUUCACAAGGCCAUUUUUGUGGGUGAAGGAGCCGACUGCUUUUUCACAAAUCAUCUCCAAAGAAAAUAUUGAUUUUAAGUGAAAGCUAACUAUUUAUCGUGUGAAUAAAAGUAGUAAGUUUCCAUAAUUUUUAUUUAAACGGUGGUGCCAAGAAAAUGGGGAGAAAUCUCUGUAUACUGUAUGUCUUGUGUAUAUACAGUACUGAUUUUAUAUUCAAGUUUAGUAUCUGGUCUCCAUAUGCCCCUUAGUCUAUUCUGUUUUACUCCUCAGGAAUUUUAGCCAUGUGGCCCAUUACUGUUGCUUCCUUGAAUAACCUGUUGGCAUUUAGAACAGUAUGCAAAUCAGUUGAAGAAAGUUUACAUUUAAUUCUUUAAAUAAGCUUAAAUUCCAGAAAUUUUUGGAAGCACCUACUUUUAUGGAAAGUUGUGCAGAAUGGUAAGAUUUUGCUAGUUACCAGAAAGUUUGAAACUUUCUUUACUUCAAACAUUAAAUGAUUUUUUUUAAUAUGAAUAGAUUUAAUUAUAAUUUAACAAAAGUUUAUAUAUUACUGUGACUGUCAUGAAUGCUGUCUACAUUCUCAUAUAAUUCUGAAAUGGAUAAUCUAACUCAAAUAGUUUCUUGUUCAUUAUAAGAUAAUUAUUUAAAAAAAGUUAGUUCUUAUAUAUUUAUUUUUGUUAAGAAAAAUAUUGUUAUUAUUAAUUAAAUGGGUCUCCAAGAAUAAACAUGUCAAGUGUUAUGGUGUCAGGUCAUUUAAUUUGACAGAAUAUUUACAUACAGUCAGAACAACUAUCUUCAGGGAAAAUGUUACGAAAUAUAUAUUGAUUUUUUAAAUUGUAUAUAUUUAAUGCUCAAAUUCAUUGAAGUAUACUAUAGUAUGAACAUUUCAGUAGUAUUAAUAUGUAUUGAAAUAAUUAUAUAUAUAUAUAUAUAUAUAUAUAUAUAUAUA